UGGGGUGGAUUUCUUUCCUCUCCCCUUUGCGGGUUUGCGUGUAAUUUUGGGGGUCCUACACCAGGUGGCAUCCUUCACCGGCAGCGCAUCUAUAGCCGGGACUGGCAUUGAGAUCUCUCGUUGGGGGGAGCUGUUGGUGGAUUGUUAUAUUAUUUUUUUUUGGGGGGGGGUUGUCCCCAAAUAGGAUUUUUUUCUGCUAUUGUUGCAUUUUUUUGAAGUGUUCACUUUUUUUGGUGUGGAUUUUCUUCUCUCUGUGGCUCUUCACUGAUUUGUUGGGGGCACCACCAAUCACCAUAGGUUACAGGGGUGCUCAUUUUAAUAUUUUUGGGGGGUUCACUUUCUUUGGCUCGUGGGGGGGAUUAAGUGCAGGUAUUGUAGUGGGAGGGGGGGUAUUUGUAAUUUUUUUUGCCCCCUCCCCUUUUCCAGCAGAGGAGUUUGAGGUUUAGGGGGGCUCUGAUUUCGGGGUCCCCCUAGGUUAGAGAUGCGGGACUCGGGGGGGCAUUGAGACUUAUUUUUCUGGUGCGGAAGGAAGGGACGCAGCUCCUCGUAGAGGUGGUAAGGCUCGGGGCGGCUUGCAGGGCCGGGGGUAUCCUUCCUCCUCCCCUGCUUCUCUCUUCUCUUCUUCUCGCUGCUGCUCCUCCUCCGGGGAGGGAGCCUUGUCUGUCUUCGGUGACCGAAAUCAAAGAAGGGCUAGAAGAUGGCCGAGAACCUGCUGGACGGGCCGCCCAACCGGAAGAGACCCAAACUCAGCUCGCCUGGAUUCUCAGCCAGCGGUGACAGCGCAGAUUUUGGAUCAUUCUUUGACUUGGAGAAUGAUCUCCCUGAUGAAUUAAUCCCUAAUGGGCAAGAUUUGAACCUCUUGGGCACAGGUGGGGGCCUGGGGCAGGAUGCCGUUUCCCAAAACAAGCAGCUGACCGACCUCCUGCGCGGCGGAAGCGGCGGACUGGGUUCUGCUAUGGGCAGAAACUCGGGCAGCCCUGUGCAGCAGAGCAUGGGAGCCCAGGGUCAGCAGAACAGCCCCGGCCUUGGCAACCUGGGUGGCUUAAACAAGAGUCCCCUUAACCAGGGGAUGUCUGCCAACCAAGCUUCUGGACUGAAUAAGCAGGGACCCGGUGCGCCCGGCCAGUCUGUUCCGACCUCGCAAGCACAAAAGCAAGUGGGGAUGGUGGCGGGCAGUCCGGCGGGCCAGCAGGGCCCCGGCGGCAUCUGUAUGAACUCCAACUUCAACCAAGGGCAUCAGGCAAUGCUAAACAGCAAUUCUGGGCACGCGCUAAUGAGCCAGCAGCAGCAAGCUCCCGGGCAGGUGUUGAACGGCUCGCUUGGAUCCGGCAGCAGAGGUCGGGGAGCAGGGAUGCAGUACUCGUCGCCCGGCAUGCAAAGCAAUCCGGGAAGCGUCCUCGCCGAAACCUUGACCCAAGGAACGGCAACUAUGACGGCUCAUGGAGGAAUGACCAGUGCUCAAGGAGGACCCAUGGCUAAAAUGGGGCUCCAGGGUAGUAACAGCCCUUUUGGACAAAGCUUCAACCAAACUGCAGGGCAGCAAAUCCGGGCCCAGGCAGUCAACCCUCAGCUCUCCGCUAAGCCUGGCAUGGCGAACAACCUUCCCCCUUUCCCUUCUGAUAUGAAAGGCUCGCCAGUUGCCAAUGUACCCAACAUGUCUCCUUUGCAGGCUCAAGUGCAGCAGGUUGGCAUCGGUACAACACCUUCCAUGGGCACCGGCCCUACAGCUGACCCCGAGAAGCGCAAGCUCAUCCAGCAACAGCUCGUCCUGCUGCUUCAUGCCCACAAGUGUCAGCGAAGGGAACAGACCAAUGGGGAAAUGCGGGACUGUGCGUUACCGCACUGUCGCACAAUGAAGAACGUGCUGAAUCACAUGACCCACUGCCAAGCAGGGAAGGCCUGCCAGGUUGCACAUUGUGCAUCCUCACGACAAAUCAUCUCCCACUGGAAAAACUGCACACGGCACGACUGUCCUGUGUGUCUGCCUUUGAAAAAUGCAAGCGACAAAAGGAACCAGCAACCUCUCCUGGGCUCGCCGUCCGGUGGGGUACAGAACACCAUGGGAGCAGUUGGAGGUAACCAGCAGACCACUCCUUCUCUGAGCAGCCCUACUCCUAUCGACCCCAGCUCCAUGCAGAGGGCAUAUGCUGCUCUGGGACUUCCUUACGGCAAUCAGUCUCAGGGCCCUGGACAGCAGUCGGCUCAGUCUCAGGUUCAUCAGCAGAUCCGCAACAUCAACCCGCAAGGAGGAAAUCAGAUAAACCUCUCUGCAGGUGGAAUGUCGGCUGAACAACAAGCACACCUGAUCUCCGAAGCUACUCUACCCGCGUCACUGGCAAACGCAAAUCAAUUGCUGAAUGAUGGCAACAGUCCUGGCACAGUUGGCAACAUGGGCACUAUGCCAACAGCGGCACCCCCUUCCACUACAGGAGUAAGGAAAGCCUGGCACGAGCAUGUGACGCAGGACCUCCGCAACCAUCUUGUUCACAAGCUAGUUCAGGCAAUCUUUCCCACUCCUGACCCUGCUGCCCUGAAGGACCGACGCAUGGAAAACUUGGUGGCUUACGCCCGGAAAGUUGAAGGCGAUAUGUAUGAAUCGGCCAACAGCAGGGAUGAAUAUUACCAUUUACUGGCUGAGAAAAUCUACAAAAUCCAAAAGGAGCUGGAAGAGAAACGAAGGUCUCGCCUGCAGAAACAAGGGAUCCUUGGUAAUCAGGCAGCCUUGCAGACGCCUGGCGCGCAACCCCCGUCGCUUCCACAAACCGCGGCUGCAUUGGGCCAACCUCAGCCCGUCCGACCAGCCAAUGGUCCUCUUCCUAUGCCUUCUGUUCCUAAUAUGAAUCGAAUGCAGGUGACAUCAGGUGGCGGAGUAUUAAAUAGAGAUCCGCAAUUUGCUAACGAGCAUGCAUUUCUCUCUUCUCAAUUCUGCGGUGGGUCUCCAGGAAUGAACCAGUUUGCCAACAUGCCCAUCGGGAAUAUGCCUUCUGCGCCAUUGGGACCUCGAGCAGCAUCUCCGCUCAACCACCCCACGCAGAUGAACAACAUGGGCUCAGUGCCAGCUGUGGCAAUGUCUCCUUCUCGCAUGCCCCAGCCACAAAAUAUGAUGGGACCACAUGGGAAUAAUCUUAUGAGUUCAGCUCAGACGCAGAACCAGUUCAUGCAACAGAACCAGUUCCCUCAAAACACUGGGCCACUAGGGGUUACGAUGGGGCAGACUGGAGCAGCCAAUGCAGUUUCACAGCAGGGACAAGCUCCUACUCCAUCUCUCCCAAUCAGCAACUCCAUGAAUAUGAUGGGCCAGCAGACUAAUCAGCUUCAACGCCCUGCUCUUUCGCAGUCUCCCCACCAUCAGACUCCGCCAUCGGUCAACGCAUCGGCUGCUGGAAUGCCACCCAUCCAGCACCCGCCGCCCACUGGCAUGACACCACCCCAGCCUGCAGCUCCUACUCAGCCAUCCACUCCGCUGCCCCCUGCUGGGCAAACGCCAGCCCCCACGCCAGGCUCUGUCCCAAAUUCCAUGCAGACGCAGAGCACCCCAACGGUUCAGGCGGCGGCUCAGGCUCAGCUCACUCCACAGCCACCUACUCCUGUACCCAGUCAGUCUGUGCCUACCCCGCAACCUGCUCAGCUGCAGCCAACGUCCGUUCAUGCCCCGGCUCCCGGCACUCCGCUAUCCCAGUCAGCUGCAAGUGUCGAUAACCGUGUGCCCACACCAGCCUCUGUAGCCAGCGCAGAUAACCAGGCAGCCCCUGAUCAUCCCAUGAUGGAGGUCAAACAAGAGGUAAAGGCAGAAGAGACAGAACCUUGCGAGAAUCCAGUGGAACCCAAGACUGAGGUGGAAGAGGAAUUGCCCUCACAAGUGAAGGAAGCUCCAUGUGAAGGUCCGGAGGUAAAGUCCGAGCCCAUGGAGGUAGAUGAAAAGAAACCGGAGGUGAAGGUGGAGGCCAAAGAGGAGGAGGAGAAUGCAGGCAGCAACUCAACUUCUCAGUCCACGUCCCCAUCGCAGCCACGGAAGAAGAUAUUUAAGCCAGAAGAGCUGCGUCAGGCCCUGAUGCCUACUCUUGAAGCUCUAUAUCGGCAAGAUCCAGAGUCCUUACCGUUUCGCCAGCCCGUGGAUCCUCAGUUGCUGGGGAUUCCUGAUUACUUUGAUAUAGUGAAAAACCCAAUGGAUUUGUCCACGAUCAAGCGGAAGCUGGACACCGGCCAGUAUCAGGAACCUUGGCAGUAUGUUGAUGACGUGUGGUUGAUGUUCAACAACGCAUGGCUCUACAACCGGAAGACAUCCCGGGUCUACAAAUACUGUACUAAGCUUGCCGAGGUCUUUGAGCAGGAGAUUGAUCCGGUCAUGCAGUCCCUGGGCUACUGUUGCGGGCGCAAGUUUGAGUUCUCCCCUCAGACGUUGUGCUGUUACGGAAAGCAGCUGUGCACGAUUCCCCGCGAUGCUGCCUACUAUAGCUACCAGAACAGGUAUCACUUUUGUGAGAAGUGCUUCACAGAGAUUCAAGGGGAGAACGUGACCCUAGGAGACGAUCCUUCCCAGCCUCAAACACUGAUGGACGAGAAAGAUGGGAGGAGAGACUUUCAGCUGAACAAAAUGACCAUCUCCAAGGACCAGUUUGAGAAGAAGAAAAAUGACAUGCUGGAUCCAGAACCGUUUGUCGACUGCAAAGAGUGCGGAAGAAAGAUGCACCAGAUCUGUGUCCUGCAUUAUGAUAUCAUUUGGCCGUCUGGAUUUGUCUGUGACAACUGCUUGAAGAAAACGGGCCGAACGCGCAAAGAGAACAAGUUCUGCGCGAAGAGACUACAGACCACCCGGUUAGGAAACCACCUGGAAGAUCGCGUGAAUAAGUUCCUGCGGCGGCAGAACCAUCCUGAAGCAGGCGAGGUUUCUGUCAGGGUGGUGGCCAGUUCUGACAAGAUAGUAGAAGUUAAACCUGGCAUGAAAUCCAGGUUUGUGGAUACGGGGGAAAUGCCAGAAUCUUUCCCCUACCGCACCAAGGCCCUCUUCGCCUUCGAGGAAAUUGAUGGCGUGGACGUGUGUUUUUUCGGCAUGCACGUGCAGGAAUAUGGCUCUGACUGUCCUCUUCCCAAUACCAGACGUGUGUACAUCUCCUACCUGGACAGCAUUCACUUCUUCCGGCCGCGGAGCCUACGUACGGCUGUCUACCAUGAAAUACUCAUAGGAUACUUGGAAUACGUCAAGAAACUUGGCUAUGUCACUGGGCACAUCUGGGCCUGUCCCCCAAGCGAGGGCGACGAUUAUAUCUUCCACUGCCACCCCGCCGACCAGAAAAUUCCAAAACCCAAGCGCCUGCAGGAGUGGUACAAAAAGAUGUUGGAUAAGGCCUUUGCCGAGCGCAUCAUACACGAUUACAAGGAUGUAUUUAAGCAGGCGACUGAGGACCGUUUGACCAGUGCCAAGGAGCUUCCAUACUUUGAAGGCGACUUCUGGCCCAAUGUCCUGGAGGAGAGCAUUAAAGAACUGGAGCAGGAGGAGGAAGAAAGGAAGAAGGAGGAGAGCACGGCGGCGUGUGAAACCACAGAGGGCUGCCAGGGAGAUAGCAAGAACGCCAAGAAGAAAAACAACAAGAAGACCAAUAAGAAUAAAAGCAGCAUGAGCCGGGCCAACAAGAAGAAAACCAGCAUGCCCAACGUGUGCAACGAUCUGAGCCAAAAGCUUUAUGCCACUAUGGAGAAACACAAAGAGGUGUUUUUUGUGAUCCACCUGUAUGCCGGACCAGUGAUCAACUCUCUGCCACCCAUUGUGGAUCCGGAUCCUAUGCUGAGCUGUGAUCUCAUGGAUGGCCGGGAUGCCUUCUUGACGCUUGCGCGUGACAAGCACUGGGAGUUCUCAUCGCUGCGACGAUCCAAGUGGUCCACGCUGUGCAUGCUGGUGGAGCUGCAUACACAGGGCCAGGACCGCUUUGUCUACACUUGCAAUGAAUGCAAGCACCAUGUGGAGACGCGCUGGCACUGCACAGUAUGCGAGGAUUACGAUCUGUGUGUCAGCUGCUAUAAUACAAAGAGCCACGAGCACAAGAUGGUUAAGUGGGGUCUCGGCUUGGAUGACGAGAGCAACAGUCAGGGCGAGGCACAGUCCAAGAGUCCACAGGAGUCUCGACGGCUCAGCAUCCAGCGCUGCAUCCAGUCUCUGGUGCAUGCCUGCCAGUGUCGCAACGCCAACUGUUCUCUGCCUUCGUGCCAGAAGAUGAAGAGGGUUGUGCAGCACACAAAGGGCUGCAAACGCAAGACCAAUGGCGGUUGCCCUGUCUGCAAGCAGCUGAUUGCGCUCUGCUGCUACCAUGCAAAGCACUGCCAGGAGAACAAAUGCCCAGUGCCCUUCUGUCUCAACAUCAAGCAAAAGCUACGGCAGCAACAGAUCCAACACCGGCUGCAGCAGGCUCAGCUCAUGAGGCGGCGCAUGGCCACGAUGAACACGCGUACCGUUCCGCAGCAGUCUCUACCUUCCCCUACCUCAGCAACACCUGGGACGCCUACGCAGCAACCCAGCACACCGCAGACUCCCCAGCCUGCUCCACAGCCUUCCCCAGUAAAUAUUGCGUCGCCGGGUUUCCCCAAUGUGGCCAGGAAUCAGCCCCCCAACGUGACCUCGCAAGGAAAGCCAGCAAACCCAGUGCCCGCGGUGCCACCUUCUCAGCCCACCGUGCAACCGCCGCCAGCUGCUGUGGCAGCUGCUCGUCAAAUAGAACUGGAGGCCCAGCAACAACAGCAGCUGUACCGGGUCAACAGUAUUACAGAGGGCAUGCUUAACCCCUCCGGGGUCUCCGUGAAUACCAUGCAGCAGGUGGGAAUGAAUGUGCCACGUCCCGGUCCUAUUGGUCCUCCGCAGAUGAUGCAAGGAAUGCAGCCAGGCCAGUGGCAAGCGCCCCAGCUGCCCCAGCAACCUCCCAUUCAGCAGGUCAUCCAGCGGCCAGUGAUGCCAAUGGUUGGUGGCCAGCAGACCGUUCCAGGAUCUCGCAUGCAAGGAAUCCCUCAGCAGCAGGCACGCAACAUAUCACCAAAUGCCUUGCAAGACCUACUUCGCACCCUCAAGUCGCCGAGCUCACCGCAACAGCAGCAGCAGGUGCUCAACAUCCUGAAAUCCAACCCUCAGCUGAUGGCCGCUUUUAUCAAACAAAGAACUGCCAAGUAUGUGGCCAGCCAGCCUGGCAUGCAGCCCCAGCAGCCACCACAGCAGCAGCCCCAGCAGCAAGUGAUGCAUCCGCAACCUGGCCUGCAGAACAUGAGUGCCAUGCAGGUGGGCGUACAGAGGGCCAAUGUCCCUCAGCAGCAGCCUGGCAUGAACCCUCAGAACCAGGGCUUAAGUCUGAUGAACCAAGGUCACAAUCCUAACCUGGCUAACAUCAACCCACAAUAUCGGGAAAUGCUGCGCCGGCAGAUGAUACAACAGCAGCAGCAGCAGCAACAGCAACAACAACAGCAGCAGCAGCAGCAACAGAAUGCAGCAGGAAUGGCAGGAGGGAUGCCAGGACACGGCCAGUUUCAGCAGCCGCAAGGAGGCUACCAGCAGCAGCAAGCCUUGCAACAGCAGCGCAUGCAGCAGCAUCUCUCCAUCCAAGGUGGCGCCAUGGGACAGAUCCAGCAGAUGUCCCAGCCCGGCCUAAGCACAGAUGGAGCACCGCCGAUCAUCCAGCAAGCGCUACAACAGCGGCUACAGCAGCAGCUCAAGCAGCAAAUUGCCUCUUCGGGGCAGCAGAACGCCAUGAGCCCUCAGCAGCAUCUCAUGGCAGGCCAGCCCCCUUCCACUCACCUUCCCCCGGGCCAGCAAAUCGCAACCUCCCUUAGCAAUCAGGUGCGCUCGCCCGCCCCCGUCCAGUCACCCCGUCCCCAGUCACAACCUCCACAUUCCAGCCCUUCGCCCCGUAUACAACCGCAACCUUCUCCGCACCACGUCUCACCCCAGACUGGCUCUCCCCACCCGGGCCUUGCCGCCUCCAUGGGCGGCUCCAUGGACCAGGGUCACAUGGGGAACCCCGAGCAGAACGCCAUGCUUCCGCAGCUCAACCCCCCAAACCGUGGCGCUCUCACAAACGACUUGUCCCUGGUCGGAGACCCUUCGGGGGACACCCUGGAAAAAUUUGUCGAGGGAUUGUAGCAUCCACACAACGGCAGUGAACUGGAGGACUGCACUGGUGGGGGGCUGAGGUUUCUAUAAACCCCUGCAUAGCUCUCCAUUUUUCUUUUUGUUAUAUAUAAAUAUAAAUAUAUAAAUAUCUAUUCCCCCCUGGUCGUCACACCCUCAAUGGACUUUAUUUUAAAAAAAAAGAGAAACAAAUGCCUACUCAUUGCUGGUCUGCUCAAUAGGGACACAGGGCCCCAGUCUGGACUGAGGCCGCAGCCCUUCCCCCGGCCCGACUCAGAUUAACCCGUGUGCUGCCGGAGAGGUUGGCAGAGCGCUGCUGAGCAUCGCCUUCGCCUUUCUCAAGCAAAACGUCAGUGGCUGCUUUUGACUUUUAAGACACAACUGGGGAAAAAAGAAAAAAAAAAAAGAGUUGUGUUAUUUUGGGGGAGGGGGGGAUUUCUAAGCUGACCAGACAGCCAAAUUACAGACAAGCCCCCCUCUUCCUCGUCCCUUUAUGGAUUUUCACUUCUGUAUGACUUAAUGAGACGCGGUAGGUUCCGGCAUCGUAACGAGGGUUUAUAUACCUGCUCCUCUCCUGUCCUCACACUGUGGGUAAAGAAGCCCCUUCUCUGCCGGACGAGGCCGGAAAAAAGCGCCUCUCGACAGACAAGGGGCCGAAUCUAAUUACGCUAAUAUACGUGUAACUUGUUUUCUUUCAUUUUAGAGGACUGUCUUAUUGGAUAUAUUUUUUUUUUCCCUGCAGCUACAGAGCCUAAAACAAAUUGGGAGAGCGAGAGCGGGCGAGAGGGUGGGCACGGGGGGGGGGGCAGCUGUCUCUUUACCACUUGUAACUACAUUUGGUCACUUCAAAAGCAGGAGAGGCUUUUCCAUGGGACACUUUGUAAAAGAAGGGAUUGCUGUAAAGAAUAUUGUUUUUUUUUUUUGUCAUACUUGUGGUUUAUUUUUUUUCUUCUUCUUCUCACCCUCCCUAAUCCCAGACUACAGAAUGCUCUUCCACCAUAUCUUCCCCGCAGAAGAUUUCUCUCUCUCUGCAUUUAAGUCUUCUGAAAACGAGCCAGAGCGAAAAUGGUGAAAUCAGAUUUCAAGCAUCCCACCGAAAAAUGUUGUGUUUUUUUUUUUUUAAUUUUAUUUUUUAUUUUAUUUACUUUUUUUUCUACGGAUGGGGGCAUGAAAUUGGAAAAAAAAAAACCAAUAAAUAAAUAAAAUGGCUCCUGCUAACUUUUUUUGGGAUGGUGUAAAACAAAAAAAAGGAAGGAAAAACCUUUAAAAUUUAAUUACAUGCAAUCAAAAUGUAAAUCAUGCAGGUUCUACCGGUAUAAAUAAACGGAGCGGGGGGGGGGGACGGAAUCAUUGUACAGAAUGGUAGAUUGCGUGACGAUACUUGGGAGCAUUUCUUAAACCUAUGACAUUGUUAACUCCCUCUCUGUCGGGACGGGUCGUCGGCGGUCCCCCCCCGGCAGAGGAGGAGUGGAAAUACUGUCUGACAGCAGCUAUUUUCUUGCUGAGUAAAGUGUACAUGGUAUUAAAACUUCAGUGUUCUGGGUUUUUUUCAUUUUUUUUUUUUUCUUUUUUUGUUAUGAAAAUGCUGUUUUCAACAUUGUACGCUGGACUAUGCAUGUUUUUUUUUUAAUUGUAUAUAAAGUAUUGCUUUAAAUUGAUAUAAAUUACUGAAAUUUUUA